AUUUUAUUUCUCUCUGCUUUCUUUGAUCUGAUCUGAUCUGAUCUGAUCUGCUCUGCUCUGUUCUGUUGUGUUCCUCGGUUUCUGGUCUUCUUCUGUGCGGUCUUUAAUUGGUUUUGACCUGAUAAACUGAUGGGGAGGGCGCCGUGCUGCGACAAGGCCAACGUAAAGAGAGGGCCGUGGUCGCCGGAGGAGGACCAACUACUCCGGAGUUACAUAGAGGCGCAGGGCACCGGUAGCAACUGGAUUUCUCUCCCCCGGAAAGCAGGUCUCAAUCGUUGCGGGAAGAGCUGCCGUUUGAGAUGGCUUAACUACCUCAGGCCUGACAUCAAGCGCGGUGGCUUCACGGACGAAGAAGACGAUAUCAUUUGCAGCCUUUACAUUCAACUCGGCAGCAGGUGGUCAAUCAUCGCUUCUCACCUCCGUGGAAGAACAGACAACGAUGUGAAGAAUUACUGGAACACCAAGCUGAAGAAGAAGCUGAUGGCAACUUACACGACGAAUCAAACACCUCCUCCUCCUCCUCCUCCUCCUGCCGUCGACUUCGAAGUUAAUUCCAUCGGCACGGAUUCCAUCAUUGCGAUGUCAGGGAAGGAUAGACGUCACUUGCACUCGCCGUUAUCCACCAGCUCGAGCUUGAUGGCGGAGCAGAGAGGUGUGAGGUCGGAAAACAACGAGCAAGAAGGCUCGGCCGCUUCUUCGACAGUAGUCACCGUCGACGAGAACAGCAGCAGCAGCGGCGGCGGCGCCAUGGAGUACUUCAGUUGGCCGGCCGGCGAAGAUGACAUGCUGCUGACGGAGUUCGACAUGGGAUGGAUUAGUGAGCUUCUGGCAACGCCACGGGAGGUGGCUCCGCUUAUUUCGCAUGCAUUUGUUGCUAAUUAAUUAUAGUUUACUAGUCAAACAUUUAUAAAGUUCGACCAAUUCUUUUUUUGUCUUUUGAGAUUAACACGAUUAAGUCAAACGGUGGUCAAUUGUAGAAAAGUUUGACUUUGUCUUUUGCAACAAAGUUUCACACUAUAUAACAGUAAAAUUUAAA